AUGGAUCACCAGGUAGACCGACUGGUCAACAAGACCUGGGCAAAAUUCUGCUCAACGGCAGACGACGCGCGCCUAAUGAUAGCCAUCAGCGGCAUCCCAGGCUCCGGCAAAACAGGCCUGGCAACGAUUAUGGCAGCGCGGAUUAACAAAAUUUACGCCUCGGAGAACCCAAAAACACCAACACCAAUAGCCAUUGCCCUCCCAAUGGAUGGGUACCAUUUGACACGUGCACAGCUGGCCGCCAUGCCGGAUCCAGCUCAUGCUGCAGCGCGACGAGGCGCGGCUUUUACUUUCGACGGCAGCAAGUUCCUUGAGCUUGUGCGGGCUCUGCGGAAGCCGCUUACGGCUCGCACGGGCAGUCUUUAUGCACCGAGCUUUGAUCAUGCCAUUAAAGAUCCGGUUGAUGAUGAUAUCGCCAUUCCGCCGAGUUGUCGAAUGCUGUUUUUUGAAGGGAAUUAUCUAAGCUUGGAUCAGGAGCCGUGGAGUACGGCUGCUAAUUUGAUGGAUGAGCUUUGGUUUGUGGAUGUUGAUUUUGAGGUUGCGAGGAAGAGGUUGGUGGUUAGGCAUGUUAAGGCAGGUAUUGCGAGAGAUGAGGAUGAGGCGGAUAAGAGAGCCCGAGAGAAUGAUUUGGUUAAUGGGAGAGAGAUUGUAGAUCACAGGUUGCCGGUGCAGGAGGUUGUUACUAGUACUUUUGAUCCUGCCUGGGAGAGGCCAUGA